AAGCAGGAGCGGUGACGUAGGACGGGGACGGUUGGUGGUGGAGACCGACUCGGUGAAGAAAAGAAAUGGCGAUGCUCGGAGCGUUUAGCGCCACACAGCUGAAGAAAGCCGCCUCUGAUGGGAGCAGUGACGUGUCAGAAUUCGUCUGUCCGGUGUGCCUCGAAAUCUUCGACAGUCCCGUAAAAACACAAUGUGGACAUACGUUCUGCCAGAGUUGUCUGCAAGAGUGCUUGCGUCCACAGAAGCCUGUUUGUGCUGUAUGUCGCGCCACACUGACCAACUGGACUAAAGCUGCUGAUCUAGAGGCUCUCCUCCACUCGUCAGUGGCUGCCUGCAAGGGAUGUGGGGCUCAGGUUGGCCUUUAUUUGAUGAGAAGCCACACAGCUGCCUGUCCAAAAUACCAGGAUUACAUUGAGGAGGGAGUGAGAACCACCGCACAGAGUCAGCCAGCCCUCAUAAGUCCGGUGCCAAACCGCUACACAUUCACCUGCCCAUACUGCAACUGCCAGAACUUCGAUCAGGACGGCCUAGUUGAACAUUGCACUUCCCAGCAUGCUCGAGACGCACGCCAAGUGGUGUGCCCCAUCUGUGCCUCAAUGCCUUGGGGGGAUCCAAACUACAGGAGUGCUGACUUUUUCCAGCACCUGAAGAUCAGACACACCUUCUCCUAUGACACCUUUGUUGACUACUCCACAGAUGAGCACACAAUGAUCCAGGAGGCUCUACAGCGAUCCCUUUUGGACAACUGAAGUACGGGGAGACACGCAGCGCCAUGAAGGGGAGAUUAUGACAUCUCAGAGUUUUCAGAGGACAGAGCGACAUACUGUAUUCUCAUUCACCUAUCAUGAGGAUGGUGGUACUAUGGGUGAUCACUUUCACAAGGGAAUUGGUAAUGUAACUAUUCUAUAUAGGUUUAUUAUUCAGAAAAUAAAUCACACAAUAUGGUAAAAAGCAUAUUGUUCUGUCUGAUUUACAUUUUGUGUUUCUGGUGUGAUAAUCGCUUAUCUCCCCCCCAACUGAGUCUGUAGACUUUAGUCUGUUAAAUAUUUACUAAGCUGUCAUUGAUGACACUGUGUCAUACAGCCAGAAAUCUAAGUUGUAAACUCCCUGUUGUCAAUAGUUGAUGUUAUGAGAGGGUUUGACCACUAGGUGGCUACCUAUUGCCAGCAGAACUUUACAAAGUGAAGUCUCAGUCAAGUAAUGUAAAAAGUAAUAUAUAAUAAUGUAAUAAUGUACUCAAUAGCAACAAUGCAUGAAUACCUUCAAAAGAGAUGAGAAGAUGUUGUGCUGUUUGUUUUUUGAGUUUGUUAGCAUUUUUAAUUUUAUGCUGUUUUCUGGUUAAAAUGUACGCCUGUGUGUGUGCGCGUGUGUGUGCGCGUGUGUGUGCGCGUGUGUGUGCGCGUGUGUGUGCGUGUGCGUGCGUGUGUGCGUGCGUGUGUGCGUGCGUGUGUGCGUGCGUGUGUGCGUGCGUGUGUGUGUGUGUGCGUGUGUGGGUGUGUGUGUGUGUGUGUGUGUGUGUGUGUGUGUGUGUGUGUGUGUGUGUGUGUGUGUGUGUGUGUGUGUGUGUGUGUGUGUUUUCAGAGAUCUACUUGAAAGAAUUAAUAAUAUGAGGGUCAAACAAAGCCACAGACGGCUGUUUGCUUUAUCAUAAUGUUUCUCCCUUAUGUCUUUGUGCCUGCUGGUAGAUCCUGUUUCUGACUUCCAAAACUCAUAGGGCUAAUAGUUCAUUCAGUGAACCAAAAGAUGCAAAUAGGAGCUCACCAGUGUUUAAUAAUUGGUUUGUUAUGUGGUUUACUUUGAGAAUCUGUUUUGUAAAUUUCUUAGCACGUUCAUGGCCAUAGGAGGGCAGUAGAGUCCCAUCAGUCUCUGAUGGCCCUUACACUAGAAAGGCGCUGUUGUCAGGCGUAAUUAAAGAUGGAUUUCAUUCUGUUAAUGUGCUUUAUGUGUGUUACUGUCCAGCUUUUUUUGUUCGUAUGCAUAUCCACUGAAAUUUCACCAGUCAUUAGAAAUGAAGUUGUCAAUGUUUUACCAGAAUAACACCGACAUUUAUAUACAGACGUGAUAUAAGCUUUAAAUGUACUUUGCUGUUGUGUGUUUUUUCAUACCCAGUGUCUGGUUUUCAUGUGUCUUCACCAUCAGUUCAGUACCAACAGUCCUAAAAAAAAAAAAAAGAGAAACAAUAAACAGUCAUUUGUAUGCUGUUAAAAAUUACAGCAUGUGAAGAAACAAAAAGA